AACAUUUUUUCUGUAAAUCGUAAAAAGACUGCAGUGCUGAGUAACAAAACAAUUGUGAAGAUAAUGAAUUCUUGGAUAGUUCACUUCUCGAUUCAAUUAAUUCUUGCGAUACAGGAAUGGGUGCGGCAAAGUCAAUUUUUCAUAUGAGAAAUAGGAUUCGAUCCUAUGCAAUCGGAAAAAUGGAAAAGUUGCUACUACUGCUCAACGUAUUUUUCAUCGCUGUAUGCGCACAAAGACCAGGUGGGGAGUACCCAUCGUUUUUCAACAUAGGAGGAGUAUUGAGUAACAAUGACAGCGAGACUCACUUUUCCCUGGUUAUAGCUCAUCUCAACUUUGAUCAAACAUAUGUGCCAAGAGGUGUUACCUAUUAUGAUAAAACCAUAAGAAUCGACAAAAACCCCAUAAAAACUGCUUUGGAUGUUUGCAAACAUUUGAUUUCCCGCCGAGUAUACGCUGUCGUAGUAUCUCAUGAACCGACUGGUGACCUGUCACCUGCUGCUGUUAGUUAUACAAACGGUUUUUACCAGAUCCCAAUAAUUGGUAUUUCAUCACGAGAUGCUGCAUUUUCAGAUAAAAAUAUCCACGUGUCCUUCCUAAGAACGGUACCACCUUUCUACCACCAAGCGGAUGUGUGGCUUGAAAUGUUGAGUCAUUUUGGAUACACAAAGGUCAUCGUCAUACACAGCUCCGACACUGAUGGUCGAGCAAUUCUCGGGAGAUUCCAAACGACGUCACAAACUAACUAUGACGACAUAGAUGUUCGCGCUACAGUCGAAAGCAUUAUAGAAUUCGAGCCCAAACUUGAAACCUUUACUGAAAAUUUAAUGGAGAUGAAAACUGCACAAUCUAGGGUAUAUUUGUUGUACGCCAGCACUGAGGAUUCCUAUGUCAUCUUUCGAGAUGCGGCACAGAAUAAUUUGACGGAGGCAGGGCAUAUUUGGAUUGUUACGGAGCAGGCACUUCAGGCGAAUAACACACCGAUUGGUGUGCUUGGCUUGAAACUCAAUAAUUCUAACAGUGAAAAUGAACAUAUAAAGGAUGCAAUAUAUGUUUUAGCAUCAGCAAUCAAGGAGAUGAUUACACAUAACGAAACAAUUACUGAAGCACCAAAGGAUUGUGAUGACACAGGUGCCGUUUGGGAAUCAGGAAAAAGGAUGUUCAACUACUUGAAAACGAGGCACAUAAAGGGAGAAACAGGACACGUUGCUUUCGACAGUAAUGGUGAUAGAAUCUAUGCUGCAUAUGAGGUUAUAAAUGUUCAACAACCAACUAUGUCAUCAGCUCGGAAAAACGUCAAAGUUGGAAGUUUUUUCUACGACGAAGAAAAGGGACGAAUGAGGCUGAAAAUUAACGAUACCAUGUUAAUUUGGCCGGGAAACACCGAAAAGAAACCCGAAGGAAUAAUGAUUCCAACUCAUUUGAAGGUGCUUACCAUUGAAGAAAAACCGUUUGUGUAUGUGCGAAAAUUAUUGGAUGAUGAAAUUGAUUGCGAAGACGAUGAGAUUGUUUGUCCACAUUUCAAUUCCACUGAUGGAAAUGAAAAGGACUAUUGUUGCAAAGGCUACUGUAUAGAUCUGUUGAAGGCAUUAGCGCAAAGAAUUAACUUCACAUAUGAUCUAGCUUUAUCACCCGAUGGACAGUUCGGACACUACCAGCUUAAGAACCACACAACGGGUAUCGGAACAAGCGUCAAAAAGGAAUGGAACGGACUAAUUGGCGAGCUUGUAGUAGAGAGAGCAGAUCUUAUAGUUGCACCGUUAACAAUCAAUCCGGAGAGAGCGGAGUUCAUUGAAUUCUCCAAGCCUUUCAAAUAUCAAGGCAUUACAAUAUUAGAAAAGAAACCAUCGCGAUCCAGCACUCUGGUAUCUUUCUUACAACCCUUUAGUAAUACUUUGUGGAUAUUGGUUAUGGUGUCUGUGCACGUCGUAGCAUUGGUUUUAUAUCUGUUGGAUAGAUUCUCGCCAUUUGGGCGAUUUAAGCUAACUACCAACGAUGGAACCGAAGAAGACGCCCUAAACUUGAGUUCCGCCAUCUGGUUCGCGUGGGGAGUGCUGCUGAACAGUGGAAUUGGAGAAGGAACGCCACGCAGCUUUUCAGCACGAGUAUUAGGUAUGGUGUGGGCAGGAUUCGCCAUGAUAAUUGUAGCAUCGUACACUGCCAAUCUUGCUGCGUUUCUCGUGUUGGAGCGACCGAAAACUAAAUUGUCUGGAAUCAACGAUGCACGACUUCGCAAUACUAUGGAAAAUUUAACAUGCGCAACUGUUAAGGGAUCUGCUGUAGAUAUGUACUUUCGCAGACAAGUUGAGCUAUCGAACAUGUACCGAACGAUGGAAGCAAAUAAUUACGACACAGCCGAACAGGCCAUCCAGGACGUCAAAGACGGAAAGCUAAUGGCAUUCAUCUGGGAUUCCUCUCGCUUAGAAUACGAGGCAGCUAAAGACUGCGAGUUGGUUACUGCCGGAGAACUGUUUGGCCGAAGUGGCUACGGUAUUGGUCUACAGAAAGGAUCACCAUGGACAGAUGCGGUAACAUUGGCAAUAUUGGAUUUUCAUGAGAGUGGAUUCAUGGAAUCGCUUGACAAGGAAUGGAUAUUCCACGGCAACAUUCAACAAUGUGAACAAUUCGAGAAAACUCCCAACACAUUGGGUUUGAAGAACAUGGCAGGCGUUUUCAUCCUAGUCGGUGCAGGAAUUGUUGGUGGAAUUGGAUUGAUUAUUAUAGAAGUCAUCUACAAAAAACAUCAAAUCAAGAAACAGAAAAAGCUGGAAAUAGCUCGCUACGCUGCAGACAAGUGGAGAGGAACUAUAGAGAAACGGAAGACUUUGCGUGCAUCUCUAGCCAUGCAACGGCAAUACAAUGUAGGGUUGAAUUCCGUUUCGAAAUCCAUCAGCCAAGCUGUAGACAAGAACCGAAAUCCAAAGCUCAAUCCUUUGUCACGAGCACCGGAGAGAGCUUGGCCGGGGGAUCUUGAAAUAGCACGCAACCGUCGUAACAACGAUCAAAUAUACAAACCACCUCCAAGAUACAUGCCUACAUAUGCUACUGAUGUAUCACACUUGGUGGUGUGAAGUAAAUAUAAUAUUACAGUGUUAUUAGCAUUCAAUUAAAUGCAUGGAUCUGUGUCAAAAAUAAAUCAAACUGUUAAAUGUUACAUAAU